CGCAGCUGCCAACUCCGCUCCGGAGCCCAGGCUGGUGCUGGACCUGUCGCACGCUGCCUACGUCAUCACUGCGGGACGCAACGGUAACGCAGCUUUAACCUACACAGCCCUGAAAGAGGACUUUGGGCUGCAACGAAUAGAAAACUCAAACAAGAGGGACAUCUGGUGGACUCUAGCAGGACACAACAGGUCCAACCUCUGAAGGAACAAGAGUAAGUCCCUCAAAUGCCGACAUCUAACGUCCCUGAAUAUGUGUUUAUCGUUCAUCUAUAACACGAAAUGUGCAGGGCGAUGUGAGCAUAACAUGGUUGUUUGGGAGAAGAGCCUUUUAUUUUUUUAAUAAACAGCCACUCACAAGUGGCAAGUCAAAGUGGCAGAGUUGUGCGCUCAUAUUGGACUCCAUCACUCAGAAAGAAGCCGAGGCAGAAAAUGUGUUUGGGCCUUUCAGCCUUGACUUGUCAAGAUAGAGGAAUUAAAGCUUAAUGCUGAACCGGAACAAUGAUAAACAUCUUGCUGAACAGCUUUUUUCUUCUGAUUGUGAAAUACCUUUUUGAGGUAGCUGUUAAACUGCUUUGAAACAACAAUCCAUUACACCGUUACGGGUGGAGGGAGCGGAGACGGUACUGGCAGCGGGAGACGGAAGUGCACCAGGCAGCAGCAAAGGGACAGGUGAAGCUGACCAUAGUCAGGCUGUUAGGCCAGAGGCGAGGGGGGGUGGAUGUCGUGGAGGAGGAGAUGACACUGACUCCAACUCUUUCUCUGGCAGACUCCCAGGCUUGCAAGGGAGAUAUGUACACCGUGGAGAAAAGUAAUACAUUCCUGGACCAAACUUUUGGAAAACCUGUGAAGGUUUUUGAGUACUUUCCUGACAGAUAAAUGUAUCAGGAGUGUGUCAUCACUACAAAAGGAGGUGGGCACAGAUUGCUUGGAUGAGAAGAUAUUAACGGUGGGAGGAACGAGCAGUCACCUCAGAGUUGAUAACACGGGAACACCUAGACAUCGUGUUCCUACAGGAAACCGUGACAUACAAAAUGAAGUGGACCGGGGGUUGUGGUGGAAAGGGCAGUAGGUUUCAUCACAUGGGACGAACCCGUCUGCGGGCGUAGCCAUCCUGUUCUCACCUGGGCUGGAUGUGAACAUCUCCACGGAGAUGGUGACUGGCAGGGCUCUAGUUGUUAAAGCAACACUACAGACUGUUACUUUUGGUUUUAUUUCGGUCUAUGCUCCAAAUCAGGGCGCACACAGUCUCAGACAGGUCCUGCAACAGUGUGAUCAUAACGAAUGUGUGGUGAUGGGGGGGACUGGAACUGCACAGGAGGGGAACCUCAUGCACAAUCGUCUGCCACCUUGUCACGGGUGAUUGCAGAAGCAGGUUUAGUGGAUGUGUGGCGAGGAUAGGGUGAAAAAGGGGAAUGCAACUAAAUAAAGGAAAACCAACAACGCCACUCGGGGAAUUUCACCCCGAGAAAUAAUCUGGAAUGUACAAGGCCCACAGGUAAGUUUACUCGGUUUGGGCAGGAGACGCAGUUCACGGUUUUAGAGAAGAACAGCUUUAUUUUAAAUACCUUUAAAAUCAGUGCAACUGAUCCAAAUCAAAAGAAAAUCAAUUAGAGGGCUGCAGCUGGAUGGGCGGACAGCGCUAGGUGUAGAGGAGAUGGGGGAACCCACCAAAUCAAGAAAACAAACUCAAAACCACCCGACGUAGUGAGGAACCCGCUUCCCAGGACACCGCAAACAAAGGGGUAGGACACCACCACCCAGCCACCAGCACCACCACCAGUCUCUAGCAACUAAAAGACAAAAACAAUUUACAAAAUUACAAUAAAAUAACAUCCAGCCAACAAUACAAAAAGGGACACGGCCCUGGUUAAAACACAGACGUGACCAUGGUUUAAAAAGGAACUGAUCUGGCGCCCGGUAUGACCCGGGGAUGCCAGGCGUAGCGACAGAUAUUCGGCACACCAAGCUGCAGGCAAACCGCACGCAGUCCUACACAGCGCAGUGUGGUAGAACAACGCUUCCAGGGGGGGAGAUAAAGGCUGUCAGGAGAACGCCGCGGAGACGAAGCUUCUCUGGAGGUGGAGCUUCAGCGGAGACGAGUGCAUGGAGACACAAACUUCACUAGAGACAAAACAGCAGCGACCCCCUUCUGCUGAUCACCACAACUCCUAAUUACAGAAAAAGUGCAGUUAGUGGUUCAGAGUAAAACUCGUUGCUCGCGUAUACAUAAAAACACACAUACCUGUUUAGGACACACGCUUACACACAGGAGGAGGGAGGGAGAGGACACUGGCUGUCGCUGGCAUUUACCUGUGACCACACUAGGGUUAGCCAUCAGAUAGUAUCCACAACGCCAAGUUGAGAGGGACACUCAGCAAGCAAAUACGCCACGGGAGCCACGGGAGCACAGAGCAGCACGCAUCUAGUCGCCCGGAAAUGACGCACCUCACAGAACAGAGGCACACAAGGAAGAGCUGGUGGAGGCAUGCUACUUUUAAACCGGCCCACCUAAUUGCAGCCACCUGGUGUUAAUUGCCAAAAGGGUGGCACCUCAUGCAUGGAGGCUCAAACACCCUCGGACUAGACAAUACACAUGGGUGAAAGUGUUGGAUGGAAACAUUAGGGCAGCAAGGCUGGAUAGGGUGUACAUGUCUCGUGGUUUUAGUAAUCGCCUGUUGAGCAGUCGCAUUGGCCCAGUGGGGUUCACUGACCACCACUUGGUUACAUUAGACAUUCACACCUCAUCAAGCACCAAGUGCAGCUCCUACUGGCAGUUUAAUAUUGGGGUGCUCCAGGACAGGGAUUUUUGUGAGAAGUUUGAGGUUUUCUGGGGGAUCUGGAGAUCAAGAAAGAAUGACUUCAGGUCCCUGAGUCAGUGGUGGGAAGUAGGAAAGGCCCAGAUACGUAUUUUUGUACAACAGUAUACAAGUCAUUCCACAGCAGAUAUCAAAAGGGUCAUUGAGGAUUUAGAAAAGGAAAUAAAGGGAUUAGAGCAGAGGCUAGUUACUCACACCAGCACAGAUAUGAAAAGGCUUCAACAGAAGAAACAACAACUGGGUUCAUUUCUAAGAGAACAAGCCAAAGGAGCUCUGGUGAGGUCCAGGUUCACCAGUGUUAGGGACAUGGAUGCCCCCACCUCCUACUUCUUCAACCUAGAGAAGUCUGCCUCUCGGACCAAGCAGAUGGUGUGCCUCCGCCUCCCUGAUGGGAAGAUGACAACUGACCCAAUCGAAAUGAGACAACAUGCCGUGUGGUUCUACAGUGCCCUCUUCAAGAAGGAGGAAAACCACAGAGAGAGCGUUGACGAGCUGCUUCAGGACCUUCCGCUGCAGGGGGCCGAGGACAGGGCCGUCCUGGACGCGGACAUCUCUUUGGAGGAGCUGACUGCUGCUGUGGGUCAGAUGGCUGCUGGUAGAGCUCCUGGGCUGGAUGGACUGCCCACAGACUUCUAUAAACGUUUCUGGGAGUGUUUGGGAGCAGACCUGUGGGAGGUACUAAAUGAGUGCUCACAGACGGCCCUGUUACCGGCAACAUGCAGGCGUGCAGCUUUUUUACCAAAAAAAGGAGAUUUAUCCCUGCUCAAGAAUUGGAGACCGGUGGCAUUGCUAUGCACAGACUACAAACUUCUUUCCAAGGUGCUCACAAACUUAAGGAAUCGCUUAAGAACUCUCUUGAGACCAUCAUCCACAGGGACCAGUCCUACUGUGUACCGGACAGGUCCAUUGUGAACAUUUUUCUAAUGAGAGACUUGUUGGACCUUUGUAGACUGUAUGAAAUUGAUGUUGGUAUUGUGUCAUUGGAUCAGGAGAAAGCAUUUGACAGGGUGGAUCAUGAUUCUCUUUUUUCUACUUUAAGAGCAUUUGGAUUUGGUGAAGGCUUUAUGUCACUGUUGGGUUUGAUGUAUAAAGAAGCUACUCGUUUGGUGAAGGUGGGGGUAACGUUGAGUUGUCCGGUUCAGGUGCAGAGAGGCAUCAGGCAGGGAUGUCCCAUAUCCGGUCAGUUAUAUAACAUUGCCAUUGAGCCCCUUCUGAACAGGCUGAGAUCACAUCUAUCAGGACUGAUGUUGCCGGGACUACCAGAGAGGCCCUUACUGGCGGUGUCAGCAUAUGCUGAUGACAUUUAUGUUUUUGUUAAAGACCAGAGGGAUGUCAGUCUCCUGGGUAGCAGUUUAGCUUUAUUUGAGAGGGCAUCUUCAGCAAAGGUAAACUGGGGGAAGAGUGAAGCUUUGCAGGUUGGGGAGUGGUUAGACAAAGAGACGCCAAAGCUACCAGGGAACAUUAGAUGGGGAAGGCAAGGUCUGAAGGUCCUGGGUGUUUUUUUGGGAACAGAUGAGUUUCAAAGGCAGAACUGGGAGGGGGCUGUGGAGAGAGUGCGUGCCAGGCUGUCUAAAUGGAAAUGGCUGCUACCUCAGCUCUACUACAGGGGGAGGGUCCUAAUUGUCAAUAACUUGGUUGCCUCGACCCUCUGGCACAGACUGGUAGUUCUACCUCCACCACGGGGCCUGAUUGAAGAGAUCCAGCAGACAGUCUUGGACUUCUUUUGGUCAGGGCUUCACUGGCUGAAAGCUGCGGUGCUGUACUUGCCGGUCCAGGAGGGAGGACAGGGACUGGUGGACAUCGCAUCACACAUCACAGCCUUCAGAUUGCAGACAGCUCGGCGCCUGUUGUACAGCUUUGGCCUGCCAUGGACGGACGUGGCCUGUGUGCUGCUGAGGAGGGCCGUUUGGGGUACGACAAGCAGUUGUUCCUGCUUCAGCCCCAGUCAGUGGACUUGACUGGACACCUUUUUUACCAGUCGGUUCUACAGGCAUGGCAGAUCUUGUCAGUUAAGCGGACAUCUGUGACGACUCUGGGGAUGUGGCUUUUUGAAGAGCAGCUGUUUGGAAACAGCUACAUCAUGUCCCAGGUCUUGACGUCCGUAAGCAUCAAAUCCAGACUGAGGGAGGCCGGCUGUGUGAAGCUGGGUCAUCUAGUGAAGACCUCCAUCCCUCAUCUGGCGGAGCUGAGCGGCGUCCGGUCCGGCAGACUGCUGCGCAGGCUGGUGGAGGAGGUCUGGGCUUCCCUGCUGGAAGUCUUUAGAGACUUUGUCAGAGAUCGGACAAUAUCUGACCAAUGGGACGAUGAAGGGGAGUACCUCUUCCCACCGCUGGAGGUCUGUCCUGCUGUAGGGCAGUGGAAGGAUGAGGAGGACCUCCUGCUGUCUCUAAAUACUCCACAGUUGGGGGACUUUGAAGGUCUGGGGAGGAAAGCUGCAUACCAAGUAAGUGUGAAGGUCUCUUGCUUGCGUGCGUUGGCCGGUGUGAAGGUUUCGAGGUGGACUGAGUUUUUUGGCAGGGGAUCCUCCCCGGAGCGUUGUUGGCGGUCCCUGUACAAAUCCCCUGUGGACAAACGGACUGGGGACCUCCAGUGGAGGAUAGUACAUGGGGCCAUAGCUACUAACAGGUAUCUGGUACACCUCAAUCCUGGCUUAGGAGAUAGCUGUCCCUUCUGCUCUCGGUCAGAAAACAUCCACCACCUCUUUGUUGAGUGCUCCAGACUAGACUCUCUCUCUCUCUCUGUAGCUCGGCAUCCUGACUGGAACUACCAGGUGAAACCCCUUACCAAGCGGCCCUGGAAGCAAUCAGCUGGUUGGAGCAAAAGGGGAAUAAAAGGCUAUGGAAGCCAGGAAGAGCAGGAUGAGCUGGGAGUUGAAGUGUUUAAGUCUGUGUCUGCCGAUUGUGCUGGUAAUUGUUUGUGGUGGCAUUUUUGUUUCUACUGUUGGACAGUAUGAUUUUGCGUUUGAACCUGAUAUGGAGGUUUUUGGAUUUAUUAUGAAAUAAAUCCCUCUUUUGGUUAAAAUGUCCUUCUUUUAUAGUUUAUUUUCAUUUGUUACUCCCCUAGACAUCAGUCGAGGGACGUAACACACUGAAAGAUAAUAAUAAUAAUAAUGUGUUUAUUUGGUAUAUAUAUAUUUUGUAUUUGGGAAGUAGUGGUAAGUUUUAUCUGGCACAAACCCAAGCUUUCAGAAGCUACUUGACAGGUUUAGCAAGCUGUUCUGUUGAGCUAGUGCAACAGCGUUCUUGGCUACACUCUAAAAAAUGGCACCGUAAACGGUAUUUUACUGGCAGCAAGGACGCCAGGAAUUUACAGUUUACC